AUGAAGCCAAAUAUAUUGACAGAUGAGAUUGAAAGGACAAGAAAGUAUACGCCCAUUUUAGGUCACCUUAUUCAAUCAAAGAGGCUCCUAUUUUUCCCUGUUCCCAUGGAACCUAAGGGCCCAAAUCACCAUCAACUACAGGUGCCCUCUUUCUUGAAUCCUCCACAAAAAGCAAGCUUGUCAGGGGACAACAUCAACAACAAUUACAGCAAGCCUGCAGAGAUCAAAGAUUUCCGAAUUAUGAUUUCAAACAAAGAUGAUAACCAGAAGCAAUUGGCACCAAAGAGAAGCUCCAACAAAGACAGGCACAAGAAAGUGGAUGGAAGAGGAAGGAGGAUAAGGAUGCCAGCUCUUUGCGCAGCGAGGAUUUUUCAAUUGACGAAAGAACUGGGGCAUAAAUCUGAUGGAGAAACAAUUCAGUGGUUGUUGCAACAAGCAGAGCCAUCAAUUAUUGCUGCAACUGGUACUGGCACUAUUCCUGCAUCAGCUCUUGCAACCGCAGAGGCCUCUGUUUCAGAACAGGGGAACUCUGUUUCAACAGGAUUGCACGCAAAACUGGAAGGGUUGGGACCCGGUGUUAUUGGGUCCAGAGAUAGGACUAACUGGACCAUGAUGAAUACUAAUUUAGGAAGAUCUAAUGUGGCAAGUGGGGUCUGGCCUUCUGUUGGCGGAAUUGGGACAGGGUUUGUUCCAAAUUCUGGUCAAUCAACAUCGAAUUUUGGAAAUGAAAACCCCAAUACUUUACUACCAAAAUAUGGGUUCCAUGGGGUUGAAUUUCCAAAUAUUAACAUGGGUUUGAUGAGUUUUUACUCCAUGUUUAGUGGCACUAACCAGCAACUUCCAGGGUUGGAGCUUGGACUUUCACAGGAUGGCCAUAAUGGGAUGUUAAAUCCUCAAGCUUUCAGUCCCUUUUACCAGCAGAUGGUGCAGGGCCGUGGUGUCUUAAAUUCGUUGAAUCAAGACCAGCAGCAAGAGCAACCUUCUGAUAAAGAUGAUUCCCAAGGAUCAAGACAGUAA